AUGUCGUUGCCUCCGGAAACAGCGCAGCAAAGCUCCCAGCAAGAAGUCGAUAGCCUUGCGUUUCUGCUCAACAGUGCUAACCUGGGGUCGGACGCGGGACCUUUACAGCAUUGGCUUACACAGACGGAUAUCCUGACGACAGACAAUCUUGACUUCGAUGGGGUGUUCGUCUCAAACACUUGCAAAGGGGCCAAGAAGGGAUGUGGACCUCGAGAUGUUGGGGCUGAGUUUCUCGACAGUGCGCAGGAUUUGGAAAGCGUCUACAGCAGCCAUUUAUCAUCAUGUCAGGACUUGAUGUCCAGCCUCAAUAGUGCAGCUGACCCGGCGGUGCUAUUCAAUACGGACCCUAACCUCGCGCCCAACGCCCGGAGCGAUGGGCCCCUCGAGCCGGUGUCGCGCAGUCUAUCAGCGAGCCUAGCUCAAGAUGGACUUGGUGAGGCCAGCUCCGGGCACAGCGGCCAUCGGGGUGGACAUGGGCACCUUAAGGAUGGCACGAGCCCACGCAAGCACCCGCAGCGCGGCCAGGGUUACCGGAGGCUUUGGCAGCAAGUCACAAAGGUGUCAAAGGGGCAGAAAUUACAAGAUAAUCUUGGUUUGGCGUUUUCCGAUAUGACUGUUGAAGACUUGCUUAAAAUCGUCCUGAAGCUGGCACCACAGGAGCCCGCGGUGGACGCUAUUAAGCAAGGGCUAUACUACCUGGACAGCUCGGCGAUGGCAGCUCUGCUUAAGGAGCUAGCAAAGCAGGGCUACCUAAAACGGGCCGUUGAGAUUUUCGACUGGCUGCGCAAUUUGGAGCCCAGCCAUGAGUUGUCAAGCCUUUGCGACCUGUACACAUAUACCACCAUGAUUAGCCAGUGUGGUUCACAUCAGCAGCUGCGGCGGGCCCUGGAGCUGGUGGCGGAAAUGCGCAGCCGGGGCAUUGACUGCAAUGUGCACACGUACAGCGCACUGAUGAACGUGUGCAUCAAGGCCAACGAGCUGGACCUGGCGCAGGACGUCUACAAGCAGAUGCUGGAGGAGGGCUGCAGCCCGAACCUGGUGACGUACAACAUUCUCAUCGAUGUGUACGUGAAAAGAUGCCAGUGGGAGGAGGCGGUCAAAGUCCUGGACACGCUAGAGAAACAGGCUAUCCAGGCGGAGGUCCGGACUUACAACACGGUCAUUUCUGCUUGUAACAAGUCAGGCCAGCCGGAGCAGGCAUUAAAAGUGUACGAAAAGAUGCUUGCGGCGGGCGUCAAGCCGUCGGCCACAACAUAUACGGCACUCAUCAGCGCGUAUGGGAAGAAAGGGCAGGUGGAGAAGGCGCUGGAGAUUUUUCGCGAUAUGAUACGGCGCGGCUGCGAGCGCAAUGUCAUAACAUAUUCGUCACUCAUCUCUGCCUGCGAAAAGGCGGGGCGCUGGGAGAUGGCUCUGGAGCUGUUUAGCAAGAUGCAUAAAGAGAAUUGCAAGCCUAACGUCGUGACGUUCAACUCGCUCAUCGCCGCAUGCUCGCACGGGGGUCACUGGGAGAAGGCCAGUGAGCUGUUCGAGCAGAUGCAGACGCAGGGCUGCAAGCCCGACAGCAUCACGUACUGUGGCCUCAUCACGGCCUACGAGCGGGGCGGGCAAUGGCGCCGGGCACUCAAGGCGUUCGAGCAGAUGCAGACGCAGGGCUGCCAUCCCGACGCAGCGGUGUUCAACAGCCUGAUGGAGGUGUUGUGGCAGAGCGGCGUGCUGCUGGCGCAGAGCAAGGCGCUGCAGCUCUGGACGCUGGCGAAUCGGAGCGGGCACUUCAGGAUUUACACCAACAGUAAACAAGACAGCAACGUGCUUCAGUAUAGUACGGUGGCAUUCACCAGCGGCGCGGCGGUCGUCACGGUGGUCCGUUGGGUUUCGGAGCUCAAAAACAAGCUCCUGAAGGAUGGUCCCGGCUUCUUCCGGGACAAGGUGGUUUUCACUCUGCAUAAGUCGAAGCAAAACCGCUCCGAGCAGCCCUCGGCGCGCAUCUUCGAGUCGGUGUCGCUGCUGCUGGCCGGCAACGCGUCUCCCUUCACGAUGCACCUCUUUGACCAGACGAUUACGCUGGAGGCAGCAGCGGCGCCGCUCACGGUGUGGCUGCGUUCUGCGGCCUUUAACGACUUUGUCCACAUCCAGCAGAGUCAGCAACUGAAGCGCAUCUCCCUGGACCUGCUUCUGUCAGAAGACGUCGCCAUCGCGGCGCGCUGCAUUGAGGCCUUUAAUGCGGUCAAAAGGUACGAGCAGCUGUUCAGCAUCAACCCGGCGCUUUGUAGCCAGGCGUUGCUGGCGCAGCGUGCUCAGGUCGUGCACCUGGCUUUUAAAUAUGGCGCUGCCUUCCAACUUAAGGACGACACCAUCUACGACGCGCUGCAGCUCUUUGACCGAGUCGCCUGCUGCGGCGCCCCGCUCAACGUGGCCGCCUGGCCACUCAUGCUUUGCAGCUGCCUACUGCUUGCGGCGCGCCAAGUGGAGGCACUGGCAAUGUGGCCGGCCCUGGAGCAGGUCACGCUACUGACAGGUUUUGGGCCAGACGGUCUCAUGGCCAUGGAGCGCAACGUGUUGAUGUGGCUGGGGCAUGACGUGUCCACCAUCUCGCCCAUGCGUGUUAUCCAGCUAUACUUGGAACGGCUGGGUCAUUACCUGCCGGACUUCAAGGCCGUGGACCGGGUCACGAAGGACCUACAGACGCUGGUGCUCAAGGUUGCGUGCAGCCCAGUGGUGGGGCUGCGGCCAUCGCUGGUGGGCGCAGCGGCUUUGCUGGUGGUGCGACGCGCGCGGGGCAUGGUGCCAGCGUGGCCAACGGUGCUGCAGACAAUGACGGACUACACGCCAACAGACGGCGAGCUGGCGGCGUGCGUGAUGCACAUGGAGGCUCUUGUGCAGCAAUAAAGCAGGGAGACAGCUUUCGGGACCCCGCAAAGAAGCUGGCUGUUGACUCGGCAGCAGGGCGAGGACUAGAAAUUCCUGUGGAGACGGUGAGACGCAGCGCGCACAGUUGAGGAAAGCUGUGUCAAGCAGCAGUAGUGACAGCGUUAAGGCAUCUCGGGGGGGGUGGCAUUCAUGUGGGGCUGGCUUGAUGGUAGGUGGGUAGCAACGGCUGUGGGGACGUAAUGGAAGUGGUGGGGGCAUUCGGCGCUGGGAUGCCUUCAGCCAAGCUUCACUUCGGGCCUCCUGGGCCCGGC